CAAACCGGAAGUAAUUAGGGGAGGGGCUGCCCGUAACCCUGGCUGCUCUAAUGGAGGGCUGCUGCUUUAUACCGUCGCAGUGUUUUUUUCUCCACGUGUUUAGAAAAUAUCAGGGUUUUUAUCUUCAUUAGCUCCUCAGUGUUAUCAGAGCGCGCGGACAGUAAGCAGCUGGCUAUGGACGGCGGGAUUUUAUAAAGACUCAGAGCAACGUUUCAAGUUUCAGCAGAAACUCCAGCGUGGGUAUGAAGGGGCGGACCGACACUCCGCAGGACCGGGGCUGUUUGGUGGGAAUCAUUUUCUUCAUCCUGGGCCUGGGAACGCUGCUGCCAUGGAAUUUCUUCAUGACCGCCUCCCUGUACUUCCAGAGUCGCCUCAACAGCACCGAGUUCAGCAACGGCUCGUCGGUCCAGAAAGAAUAUUACUUCAACAACUGGAUGACCUUCCUCUCCCAGCUGCCCCUGCUGGUUUUUACGCUCCUCAACUCCUUCCUGUACCACAGGAUAUCGGAGGCCAUCCGGGUAGCGGGCAGCCUCGUCUUCAUCCUGCUGCUCUUCAUCUUCACGGCGGUGCUGGUCAAAGUGGACAUGGAGCAGGACUUGUUCUUCUCGGUCACCAUGGCGACCAUCUGGUUCAUCAACUCGUUCGGCGCCGUCCUGCAGGGCAGCCUGUUCGGCCUGGUGGGGCUGCUGCCCCAGAACUACAGCGCCGUCUUCAUGAGCGGACAGGGGCUCGCCGGGACCUUCGCUGCCAUCGCCAUGCUGCUCUCCUUAGCCAGUGACGUUGACUCUGAAACUGCAGGCUUGGGUUACUUCAUCACGCCGUGUGUCGGGACUCUGGUCACUCUGCUCAGCUACCUGCUGCUGCCUCGCCUGGAGUUUGCUCAACAUUACCUGAACAGAAGCAGCAAAUAUGAGGAAGGAACCACAGACAAGCUGCUAAACGACGGAACCAGAGUGGAGAACAGGAAGCUAAACGGCCACGCUAACGGAUCCGUGGCUAACGUAGAGGUCGAGCCUAGCGGUGAGGCGGAAGCCAAGGUGGAGAUCGACCCCAGCAGCACGAAGCAGGCCAGCGACCCUGCAGAGAAAGCCUCGGUCCUGGAGGUCUUUAAAAAGAUCUGGGUGAUGGCGUUUUGCGUGACGUUCGUGUUCACCGUCACUCUGUCCGUAUUCCCCGCCGUCACCGCAGACGUCAAAACCUCAUUCCCUGGAAAAUGGGAGCGCUACUUCAUCUCAGUCUGCUGCUUCCUGGUUUUCAACAUCCACGACUGGCUCGGCCGCACCGUCACCACUUGGGUGCAGUGGCCUUCCAAAGAGUCUCGUCUCUUCCCGCUGCUGGUGGUCCUCAGGGCGGUCUUCGUCCCCCUGCUGAUGUUCUGUAACGUCCAGCAGCGCUCCAACCUUCCCGUCCUCUUCUCACACGACGCCCUCUUUACCACCAUCAUGGCCUUCUUCUCCGUGUCCAGCGGUUACUUCGUGUGCCUCUCCAUGUCCUACGCCCCGCAGCUGGUGGCGCCUAAAGACGCAGAGACGGCCGGAGCACUGAUGACCUUCUUCCUGGCUCUGGGUCUGUCCAUCGGCGGCGCCCUGUCCUUCGCCCUGCGGCGGCUGGUGUAGCAGCGCUGCAGCGACCCUGAAGCAUUAAAGCAGCAUUAGAGCAUCAUUCCAGCUGUUCCCCCCCACCCACCCCACACACAGACAUCAGUGGUCUGCUGCUGCCUUACUGAGCCUGAACUCUGACUGGGAAAAGAUUCAAUUUCUGUUUAAAAAAACAACAAGUAUUGCAGUCAAUGUUAGUGUGAACGGGUCGAAUUAUCCAUUUUUCUACAUUUUCCGUUGUUUUUUUUUAGUGGUAGAAUAGUUCAUAUAGUUUAGGGGAACAUUUCAUUCUUUAAAUCAUUCAGAGACCAGAUAAGUUUUAAAGGUUUUCAGCCUUUCAGUGAAGAGGUAUUUGUUUUGGUACGAAUAUUUUUUACUGUGUUUAACUGCAUAUUUUGCUAUUUUUUUAUUUUAUUUUAAUGGACAGAAAAGAGAGGAACAAAAAAAAAACUGUAUCGAUGAACAAACUAACUUUUUUAUUUAAACAUUUAAACUCUAACUAGUUUACUGAGUCCAGACCACUGGGAAGGAAACUGGUCUGCAAAGGUAAACGCUGCCACCUACUGGCUGAAAGGUGUUUUUCUUUUGGCUGGCAAAGGUUCAUCUUUAAUUUAUUAAUGACAGACAUUUAUAUGAUUCUGGAUAUUUAAAUAUAAAAUAUCAACUACUUGAAUUGGAAUUAAUUCCUAAGAUAAUGAGAGAAAACAGGAAUCAGACUCUGGUUUCUCUUAAAAGUUUAUUUCACUUUGUUUUUCAUCCUUAAAGGGCGACUCAACAUUUAUAUGUUCAGUUGCAGAUUAACAUGUUUUGUUUGGCGGUUUAGUCAGACUUAAUAAAAGAAAAGAAGGUCCAGAUGAACCUUACUUCAAGUCUGGGAAGCUAAAGCCUGGAUUAAAUUUCCUGAUGGUUAAAAGUAUAUGAGAAAGGUACUUUAAAGGAACUCUACUGCUUUGUUUGCAGUGUUUCAUGCGCUUCAUGAUUUCCACGCUGGUGUUUCUUUUUUAAAUCAAAUUUUUUUAUGUUCAUGUUUGUGUUGAUGUUGUGGCAGCUGCUGCUUUCUGUUUGUUUUGUGGGUUUUUUUUAUGGGAUAAAUUCAGAUUUAUGUUGUAUUUCCAUUUGAAGCUGUGAUGGACUGAGACUAAAAGGAAACGCCUCUCUGGAUUAAAAAAAAAUCUUGAGUUUACAGCGCUGUUGCCUUAAUGAAUGACCCAUGUGCUCGUUUCAGCUUCCCUCUGCUUGUAGAAGAGCUGAACACAAACCGUUUCCAUAGCAACAGAUUGCAUCCUGGUUGUUUUGUGCGACUGGAGCGAGCCGCCGUGCGCAGCUCGUCUGAGGCCCGCACCACGAAGCAAACGCAGCCUGGCGGGAUUAUUUCCAGUUUAACCAGUCUGUGGCAGUGGUGAUCAGGAUCAGCGGGAUCGCUCACGUCUAAAGGGGCGGGUUCAAGGUAGCAGACCAAUCACAAACAAUAGCAGGAGGGAGAGCGUGGUAUUUAUCCUGAGGGGAACAAAAACUCAUCUUACAGAACUAUGAAGAGGAAAGAAAAGUUCUGAAUGAAAAGUCAAACAUGGUGGUGGAAUCCCGAACCGCUAACCCUUAACUAACAAGUGUCGCUCGCAAUAAAGCUGAACUCACGGCUGUGGAACACCUGGAUUGUACUUGAGGGGGGGGGGGUUUAAGCGUGAAUGGGACGGCCUCUUCCCUCCAAUAGAAAGGGAAGGUGUUUGUUACUAUGGCAACACAGUGACACCUCUGUGACGCAUAAAAUCAAACAUUUGCCUCUUAAAAUAGAAAUCAAUUUUCAUAAACUAACUUGUGAUUUUCUGACGGUGUGACGAAGAUGCAGCGGAAUUUACAUUCCUAGAAACGCGUUUCCCCCGCCACUAGUUCGCCGUUACACCUGCUGACACAUUCCAGCAGGCCUGCACUGAUGGAGAGUCACUAUUUAGGGGCUGAACGGUCCGCUCGCCCUGCCCACUGCAGGGUUUGGGACGGCACUUAAUGCGGCGGACACUGCAUCUCUGCUUUUUAAAAAGUCAAAGUCCUUAAAUGCCACCCUAAAUGUAUUUUCUUAAACAUAGCAUUUAUUUAUUUAUUUUCAUUUUACCUGGCGGUUUAUUAUGAAUCCCUCAUCCAUGCACCGUCAGCGUUACAUGUCCUCAUUCAUGCUGUUAAAGCACACAAGAAAAAUCUAUAUUUGUCAGAAUGUGAAUGAAUUUUCACAGAUAUGCAGGUAGUGACUCACCUGGGAGGACAUAACUCCUUCUUUUAUAGGAUGUUCAGCCAAAGGGCGGCACUCCUGCAGGUCACAGUAAACACGUGGUUCUAGGAUGGUCCAGCCUAUAAAACCCUUUAUCGCUCCUAUUGGUCCGAUGAACUUCUCCCAAUUAGCGCUCAUUUUAUUUUUAUUUAGCUUCAUAUAAAAAUUAUAGAAGAAACAAGUGAAUGCCAGCUGUGCUUGAGGACGUCAUGCAGGAGAAAUAGUGUGUAUAUAUGUAAAUAAAGUGAGUGUUUUUGCGUCAAAAGAAGGCAAAGGAAAAAUAAAAUGUUUGAACUUAUUUUAUUUCUAAAUUCCUUUAUUGUGUUUUAAGUUAUAACGGCCGAUUGGCUGCUGGACGGAGCGUUUUUAUUAGAUUCAGAUCAAACCUGAAAGCUAGCUGUUAAGGGUACGUUUCCAUGGUAACUAUAGCCUAAGAAUAAAUCCAGCUGAAGUUUUCUCGCUAACCCAGUAAUCCUGCUUCGUGGUUCUGGCCUCUGAGCUCCAAAGUGUUUCCAAUCUGUGUUUAAUAAACUGAUUCAAACA